AUGCCUUUCCCCGGCAGCGCGCUAAGUGCCCAGUCCCUCUACGGGACUGUCUUUAGCGUAGGAGUCCUCGCUCAUCUCUUGGUAUUUCGGUUGGGCGAAUGGGACGGAGUGCCCGGUCGGAUUGCUGCGUUCUUUGCUGCAGUAUACGCAAUCUCCACCGCCGCAUCAAUCUAUGUCCUCGCUGAAGCAUAUGGUGGUGCCUCUGUAGUCUUCAUGAAUGCGUCCGCAAUAUUCUUGACGUUCCUUCUUGGGCUUUUCGCAUCCAUGUUGAUAUACAGAGCUGGAUUCCAUCGCCUUCGACCAUUUCCAGGACCCAACCUUGCCAGUAUAUCCAGCAUUUACGCAAAUCGAAUGGCAAUGACGAGGUUUAGAUACUUCGAUGAGGUCGACCAACUACAUAAGUUGUACGGCGAUUUCGUCAGAAUUGGGCCCAAUCAUCUAUCUGUCGCACAACCCGCAGCUGUCCAAGCAGUUCACUCCAGCUCCUCUCGGUGUCUCAAAGGCCCUUGGUAUAACACACAGCUCCCUGCGGUAUCCCUUCUCACAUCUCGAGAUCCUCGUGAGCACGCACGGCGUCGUAAGACGUGGGACAAUGGACUGUCAUUCAAAGCGAUAAGGACUUACGAAGCCAAUAUUGCUAGAUGCACGUCGCAGCUUAUAAACAAUAUCGAGGGAAGCCUUGGUCGCAGCAUUGACAUGAGCCACCAUUUCACCCUAUACACUUUCGACGUGAUGGGGACACUUGCGUUUGCUAAAGAUUUUAAGAUGUUAGAAUCGAAAGAACUUCAUCCGAUCUUCAAGUUCCUGCAUGAAUCAAUGCUAUCAGUUGUGAUAUUCGGCCACGCGAUGUGGUUCCUCACUUUCUUGAAGAACAUCCCUGGCUUGGCAUCUCCGAUUAAAAAGCUAAAUGCCUGGGCGGAUCAGCAGAUUGAAGAUCAGAUCAGAGACAAACCCGACACUCCGAACGUGUUCUCGUGGCUGUUGAGGGAUUACACGAUGCUACCCAAUCCCACCUCACAGGACAGAAUGAACCUCCAAGCAGAUGCUUCCUUGAUCGUUGUCGCUGGAAGUGAUACGACCGCAUCGACAUUGACGUGCCUACUCUUCGAGCUUGCUAAGCACCCUGAUGUGUACCAGAAGCUUCAGAACGAGGUAGACGCACAUCUUUCAGACAGCGAAGAGCUUCAAAACGACUCCCUUAUCGGAAUGAAGUAUUUACAGGCGUGCAUUGAUGAAUCUAUGAGAAUGCACCCGAUCGUUCCUGGUGGCGUGCAAAGGCAUACGCCGCCGCAGGGGCUUCAAGUCGGGGACACGUUCAUUCCUGGAGAUGUCAUCAUCCAGGUUCCUAUGCACACCGUUAAUUAUGACGAACGAUCGUUCCCCCAGGCCAGUCAGUUCAUUCCUGAGCGCUGGACAUCGAGACCGGAUCUAGUCACGGAUGGCUCUUGCUUUACACCAUUUUUGACGGGUAAGAGUCUUCGAAAAUCACCUUCUGCUAAAUGCCCUCCUGCUAAAGAUAUCUAUAGUUGUCCUGGGAAACAGCUGGCUUUGCUAGAGAUACGGCAAGUCAUCUGCGAGAUCUCUCGUCGUUACCAUAUAAGUUUCUCUGAACCCCAAACCAGGACGUGCUUCCCUGAGAACAUCAUCGACGGCUUCAGCUUGCAUUGCCCCAAGCUGGAAUUGGUCUUCUCACCUAGGAGCACACACUGA